UGCUGAGAGAGCAUGUAUAGGAUGGCAGCCUCAAUAAUAUACAGAGAUUUAAUCAGCAGUUGCUCAUAAUGAGGACUGCUACUAUGAUCAAGCGGAAGCUAAAACAUUACAUAGAAUUAAAAAUAGUAUAGAGCGGUUGGGCAGUGUGGAUCUUAACGCAGCAUGUCCGAAAACAUUGUGGGAGCGUGGGACGUGUCGCUAAGUGAUGGGGUUUACCGAAUUGAGUUUGAACAUGGAACAACAACAGGGAAACGGGUCAUUUACAUUAAUGGGAAGGAGGUGUUGAGGAGGGAUUGGAUGUUCAAACUGGUGGGCAAAGAAACAUUCCCUGUUGGGAGCACAGAUACAAAAGCAACCAUAUCUAUUGAGGCGAUCACUGGGUUUUCCUAUGAGUACACACUGGACAUCAACGGAAAAAGUCUCCAAACUUUUCUGGACAACCGAUCAAAAAUGGCCAAAACAUGGGUGCUGAAACUGGGUGGUGCUGAUUACAGGGUAGUUCUAGAGAAAGACACUAUGGAUGUAUGGUGCAAUGGACAGAAAAUAGAGACUAUGGGGGAGUUUACAGAGAAUGGAAGCGAGACACACUUUGCAGUGGAGAACCAUGAAUGCUGCAUUAAAGCAACAAGUAGUGGAAGGAAGCGAAAUGGAAUAGUUCAUUCCCUGCUGGUGGAUGGAAUCAGGAUAGAAGAGGCCAUUGAGUAAAAUGGAGGCUAAUGGAAUUCAGCUGUGCAAGACAUUUAGCAACAGUGUACUUUAUCAGAAUUAGAUACAGAUGGCAUCGAACAAGUUUUUUUCUACAGUACGAUGGUAUUUGUUCAUUUAUUUGUUACAAAGAUGUUAAAGGUUUUAAAGUAAAUUACCCCACCAACACAUUUAAUGAAUGGCUUGGCUAUCAUUAUCUAUGAUAUUGUAUUAUGCUGAAUAUCAAAGGUUUUUGUGUCUAUUUGUUAAUAAGAGAUUUGUGGACACAUAAAUGUUUCAGAUGUGUGGAGUAAAAAAUAUAGUUUUUAUUUUGAAAGGGUAAAAUCAGAGCCUUGUGGUAAGAUGCCCAAACAAAAGGCUCUUAGUGGCUCUUAGUGAGUUAGAUGUACACUUUAGACAUCUUCACUAAUCAUUAAAACCUGUACUAGAAAUUGAGUGAAAUAAGUUCAGUUAGAAUUCAUAGUGUUGCUAUUAUGUUAUAUCUUAUAAUAUGGCCAAUUAAACAUGUAU